AUGUCGGGAUGGCCGGUGUCGUGGGGUGUGACAAUAUUGUCUGCCAUUUUGUGUAUAGUGUUAAUAAUUAUGAUAUCUCUACCACGCGUCGAUCUCACUUCAUACACGGCCUACGUAUCCAAAUUAGAUGCGGCAUUGGCAGAUGAAGAGCUAUCCAAACUGAUAAAUGCGAAUGCGUUACAAAAUCUACCCUCUGUAACUCUGGAAACUAACAAUGCCGACGUUCAAAAUGUCCAAAAAUGCCAAGACUCUGCGGUGUGGCUGGCGCAAGAAUAUACUCCUGCUCUAGAAUUAACCUGUAAGACUGCUUGUGGGUCAAAUGGUACGGUCGUACAAAUCAGCGAUGCCGACGAAUAUUAUCACAGAGGAACUAGACUCACCUCGGGAGUUUGGUGCAUAAUAAAUCCACCAAAUUGUAACCUUAGGACUACCUACGUGGUAGCAACACUCUCGGGAACCACGUGUCGUACAAAGUAUCCUAAUUUAUUUGGUGGAUCGACGGGUGAUAGGAUUGUUGCAUGUUCCGAUGCUGCAUACGAUACAGGCGGGGUAUUAUGGGAUUAUAAUCGAAACGAAGCGGUAGACCCUAGUACUGUGGAGAUGACUAACGAGGAUGAAUUACUUGCAGAUGGUCAGUACCGAUUCAGAUGCAAAUUUGGAGACGAUCAAGAUGGAAAUGCGUGGUUGCCACACCCACUGAAUAGGUUUCAUCCAUUACGGGAUCCUUGCACGAACACAAUCUACAGAGCUCAUCGUACAGUGGGUGCAAAUGUCAGCGCUACCGGAUGGAGUUGUGAUUGCGGCGAUUCCGCUGUUACGCGCGUCAAAAAUUUAAACUCUUCGGAUGUGAAAAGUACUUGUACGAGUUGCUUUCGCGAGACGCUAGAAGGAAAGAGUCAACAACCUUACGAUUGCUUUACUGUUAACUCGGAUUAUUUGGCCAUCAACAAUCUUCCCCCUUGCUUGGGAACGGCUUUGACUAAUUUUGGAAAUAAAUGUGGUACUGUUUCAUUGGAUUUAAAUACCAUAGGAUCUACCCAAGAUGAGUAUCUUGGGCCGACGAACCUGGCCUCGGGCGCUUUGGGUAAUCGAUUCGCUAUAGCACAUAAAAAAUUGCUUUAAUGUUAUUUUUUU